GGACAAAGAAAGAGGAUUGCGCGCCAUAGCAUUGUUGCCGGGCAGCAAGACAGUAGCAACUGGGAGUUUCAAUGGCGCAAUGAGAUUGUGGAACGUUAACACGGGCAAGGUCAUCAAAACCUGGACGGGGCACGCGACAGAAGUACAGUCUGUGUGCUGGAGUUCAGACGGAAAGCGAGUGGUGAGCGGAUCCAACUUGAAAGAUGGAACAUGCAGAGUAUGGGAUAUCGAGCGUGGAGAAACUAUUAUCAGACCAAUCACUGGCAGGGCGGGGAGAUUUGUGUGGGCAGUUUGCUACUCACCCGAUGGCAAGAUGAUUGCCACCAGCGAGGAUGACCUGAAAAUCUGGGACGCCAACUCGGGCGAACUGCUCAAAACAAUUGAGCGUUUUUUUACGUGCCUGGCAUGGACCUCGGAUGGAAAAAUGCUCAUUGCUGGGGGAUCCGGGAUAACGAAAUUCAACACAGCCACAUGGACUGUUGUUGACAUGCGCGAAAACCUUGCAUUUCACUAUCUCCCAAUGACAAAACUAUGGGACCUCGAAACCAAUCAACCCAUCAAAACACCACUUCACCAUGAAGACUACGUGAGGUCCGCGACCUUUUCUGCAGACGGAAAGUUCCUCGUCACUAGCUGCAUAAACAAUGUACAUUAUACAUGGGACCUUUCCGCUAUCGUCAAUUGCAACGAAGCUGGCCUUCCGUCAGAUAUUGCUGACGCUACACCGAAAGCAACUCCAAAGAUCAAAGGUGCUCGUCGAAUACCCCCAGGGUUUUUUGACGAUGCACUGCGAGAGGCUAAUUUGCGUAUUCGUCUAUCCCAAACCCAUGGGCCGCAUGACCAUACCACUCCAGCGUCACGUCAACGCACCCUCAGUCGCUUUUCCUUCUUCUUGCGCCGCUCCAGGCCACAUGGGGCAACUGAGCGAGACACCCAAAUCCGAUCACGACCUUUCAGCUGGACCCGAAACAUAGUAUCCAGUAUACUACGCAGACGAGAUGGAUCAGACAUCCAGUUGCAUGAGGUCGAGGUCCCAUGCACAGCAGGAAAGCCUAGGAACUAUCACGCGAGAAAGAAGCCAGCCACCAGCUCAUCUCGGCCUUCCAAUACUCAUGCUAUGCAGCAACACAGCGCAGCAACACAGAGCAUCUCACCAUCAUCACAGCAAUCAUCUCCAGCUGCUAUUACUUCGACACUUUCUGCUGUCCCUGAUACCGCUAGGGCAGCGGGAACAACCUCACGUCCUCGCAUCACCAUAGAUUCUGGAUGGUGCACUCGUCUCAUGCUCUGGCAGAUCAUCACCUAUUCAUGGGAUGGCUCAUUUCGAGUCUGGAACUUGGAGAAGGGCACGCAGGUCGGGGAGGAAUGGGAGGACAAAGAAAGGAGAGUGGUGGUGAUGGCAUUGUCGCCGAGCGGCAAGACGGUAACAACCGGGAAUGUUGAUGGCGCAGUGAAAUUGUGGAACGUCAAUAUGGGCAAGAUCAUCAAAACGUGGAUAGGGCACACAGAGCGUGUGAUGUCUAUGUGCUGGAGUUCAGAUGGAGGGCGAGUAGUGAGCGGAUUUGACGAUGAGACAUUCAAAGUGUGGGAUGUCAAGAGCGGACAAACUAUUCUUGGACCAAUCAAGACAGGGGAAGAAGUGUGGGCGGUUUGCUACUCGCCCGAUGGCACAAAGAUUGCCACCGGUUUCAAUGACCUCAAAAUCUGGGAUGCCAACACAGGUGAACUGCUCAAAACACUUGACAUCUCAGGGUUUUGCCUAGCAUGGACUUUGGACGAAAGAACGCUUAUUGCCAGGGGACGGAAAUUAAACACAACCACCUGGACAGAAACAGCUAAUCUCCAGCUCUAUGGAGGCAUCGAUACUAUUUCACUAUCUCCCAAUGGGCGCAUCCUUGCAAGCACAUCAGACGUCACGUUAACUGCGGUAGUGCAGUGCAAUUAUGGAACCUCAAAACCAAUCAGCCCAUCGGAGCGCCACUCUACCAUGAAAACUCGGUGA